UUCAUUGCCAAAAAAAAAAGAAACAUUAGAAUUCAAAAUUAAUACGGUUUAAUUUAAUGCAAAUGUUCGUAAAGAAAAUAAGUUCAGCUUCCAUUCCACCAUCUUCCGCUUCCGUGGCGGGAAAGAAACUUAAAAAUCUCCAUCAUCACCAUCGACUAUUCUUAAAUCUCCAUAAUUUCUAGUUCUCCAACAUUUUCUGGGUUUUCUUUCCUAAAUCACAUACACAUUGCUUUCUCUUCUUAUUCUCUCCAUUUCCUUUCUCAAUUUCACUCAAAAACCCUAAAUUCGCUCUCCAUCUCUCCUGCCGCCAUCUUUUCACCCUCGUCGUUAUCAGGAAAAAUGAAGUAUAUUAUUGGUGGAGUUGGUUCCUUCGAAGAUUUCUUUCGUUAUGAAUGAUAAGAUAAUAUAUUUGUUAUUAAAUGACAAUUAUGUUUCAGUUUUUUGGGUCUUGAGUCCAAAGACUGAAUCGCUAAGAAUGUUGCAAUGGAUGGGAGGAUCGAGGAGGAAAGUCACUACUUCAAGGAGAUCCACACAGAAAAGGCAAAAGCAAUACUUUGAACAAAGGAAACGACAACAGCAGUGUCAACCACAAACAGAGAGGUGUGAGACCUACGCUGAUGAAACGGACAUAUCUGGACAGUACCAGAAAGAACAUCGAUCACUGGACAUACUGAGUCUUUUGAACUUGUCAACAAAUGCCAAAGAAAGGAAAUCUGAUUGUUUUAGUGAAAGAAAAAAUCUAGAUGUGAAUGCUUCAACAAGGGAGUAUAAUAUCACCAAUGAUUCUCCUGUUAUCAUUCCUGACAGAGUUGGUCCUGCCAACUUUGUUGGCAUUAAGGAACAAUCGAUUCCAUCGGGGUUUCAAAUGGAGACAGCAUCCCACAAGAAGUUUUCUCCUAGUGCUCCUGAUAGUCAUAACAAUGCUCUCAAUGGAAUUGAUUCUAAACGUGAUCAGCGACCAACAACUACAGAGCAUCAGUUGUUUGUUCUUGAUUUGCUUGGUGAUGAUGGGCUGAAUGGCAAUGUUGAAGAAAAUCCAGGACAUGAAGCUCAUGUUGCGUUUUCAAUUGAAGGUUUGGGUAAAGUAGGAAUGGAAACACCAGUCCAUUCACCUCAACAAUCCAGCAGAACCUUUUCCUAUGGUAUCUCCUCUCCUCUGAGGGCUGCAGGGCGGCAGAAGUUAUCUAGGAAAUUCAACUCUCUGAUGGAUGACCUUGAAUUUGAGGAUACAAUGAUGGAUGGUCUUAAUGUUCCCCUUAGUAGUGAUUAUUUGGAGUUCUCACCAAAUAUUAUGGACCCAAUAAACAGUCCACAACAUAAUUCGUUUACUGUCAGAGACAGUUGGCAACAGGAUAAUUGCAGUAGUAAAAGAAAUAGGGCCUUCGGUCAUGGCAAUGAAGAUAAAUGGACUGGUAGGCCUACUUUUUCACACCACAGGUUCUUUGAUGAGAGAGAACAUGAUAUGUCGAGGAAAACUUGGCAAAGUCCAACUCACGACAAUUCGGCUGACCAUGUGAUAUAUAGAAAUUCAAACAAUGACAUGGAAGAUUUUUCUUUCGAAGGCCUUCAUCAACCUAUGAGGGCUGGUGACAGGAUCCCGAACAAGUUUGGUGUAUUAGAGUCAACAUUUUCAUAUACUCGGCACCCAGCACCAGAAUAUGACCAUGACUACUUAAUGUCCAACUGGGAUAGGGCCCCAACUUUAGAAAGGAUCUUGGAAUUUAAACCAGAAACAAGCCCACCAGAUCGGUUUUGCUUUAUGACAGAGGAUGCAAUUGAUAACUCGAGCUUGCAGAGUGAGGAAUCAUGCUCAUCAAGUGCAGCGAGGUAUCAGGCAACUGGUAAUUUCCUACCAAACUCAACAUCAAGGCAGGGUAGGAGAGGACAAUGCAAUGCUUUUGCUUGCUCUGGUGAUAAGCAUGGUUUAAAGAAGGCAGUUGCCAAUAUAAACAAGGAUGACAUCCAACGAGAAAAUAUGGCAAGUGGCUCAGCAAAGCACACAAAUAUGAUAAAUAAUUCAAAUUUAAAACCAUCACAUCCCUCAAGCUUUCAGGAAAAUUUUGGAGCAGAAGAUGUUUGGUUCUUUGAGAAAGCACACACUACAAUUGAUAUGUUUCCUGGCUCAGACUCUUUCAAUCAAAAUUUUGGAACAAAAAAUAAUGGCUUUCACUCCGAUUUUUUGGACAAAGACCCUUUCAGUAAAUUUCCUACCCCAAAAUUACAUGUUGGUGCUAGCCCUUUGUGGGACAGAUUUAACUGUGAGCCUCCUGAAUGUUCACCUCCUGAGAUUUUCACCCCUAAGAUUCCUCUGCAUGCUUCCUCAAUGAACUUGGACUUGGAGCCAGAUAUUCAUGUAGAUUGUGAAUUAAGGAGGCGGCCUCAAGAUUCAUCUUCUAUUGCUGGUUCUCAGGGUGAGACCCCAUCACCUGAUUUAUCAGCACAAGAAAGCUUUAGCAAAGAUGUUGAAUAUAAGCCGAAAUUUGAACCAUCCAACUGUGGAACAUCUGAGCUGGGGGAAGAAUUUUGUAUUAGAAAUGGGGGUUUGGUCUGUGAGGACAAGGAGGCUAAAGAUGCUUCAUAUUCAAAGGAGAUUGAACAAGAAGAUAGGAAGAAAGGCUUGCCUGAUCCUGAAGAAACAUCACGAUCCGUUGACAUUACUGAGAAAUCUGGGAGCCCAAAAUAUGAGGAUGAUUGUGCUGAUAAAACUCCUCUUCCAAAUAAAAAUGGGAAAGAAGAAGUAGAAGAUUUUGGGCAUGAAGGAAGGUUUGGUUAUAAACAAAAUAGUGGUUAUGUCGAUUCAUCUUGCCAAGCAAUAAUGUUUCAAAGCUAUGUUUUCCAGUUCUUUUGUGUGCAUAAAAGAUUGAUGUAGGCAAGGCAUCUAAUGCCGUGAAGAUGGCUUUCGAACACUUUCGUUGCAUAUGCUUUCAUUUUGCUAAAGCAGUGGAAGUGAACUUCGUAUAGUUUGAUUACACAAAUGGGUUCAGGUCACUUCCAAUGGCGAAGGAAAAGAAAAAUCAAGUACUGGACAAUAUUAACUCAUUUCAGGUCUGGAACUUUCCUUGAUGACUGGUGUAAUUGCGUUUUAUAUAUUCCCAUGGAAUGUGCGCUCGAAUUUUAUAGACAGUAUAAUAACUAAAUUAGAUAGAAUAAGGUCAGGAAUUGAGUAAUGAAACUAUCAGAGCAAAAUGAGACGAAGAAGAUUAAGAUCAUACAUUAGGAGCGUAAUGCAUCUCAUAAUAUAUAGUCUGAUCUGUAUCCCACGUUCUAGACAUUUUGUAGUCCGUGAUGAAACGUGGUGCUCUUUGAUCUU